UGUGGGGAGGGUAAAUCAGAUGACAACUCCAGUGACUUAGUUCAGGGUCCGCCCCGAGGCCUCACCUCCACGAUGGCCAUUGGUCAAUCGAAGAGUUCCUCUCUCUCUCUCUCUCUAUUUAUUUAUCUGCACAUUUAAAAAUCAGAGGCUUCCUGUACGAGGAACCUGGCUGGGGAACAAGCCCAGGCGGCGUGGGGGAGAGAGAGGCGCCGGGAGCGGACACAAAGCCCAGCAGCCGCCGCAUUCCCCCGCAGGGAGCCCAGCUCCGGCGUGGCACAGCCAUGGGGCCGUGGGUCUGGGCGCUGCUGCUGGCCGCGGGCGCGGGCGCUGCGGACCCUGGUUUCCAAGCCUGCAAGCAGGCCCUAAACGUGAGCGUGCUGGAAGUGCUGCCCGGCGGCGGCUGGGACAACCUGCGCAACGUGGAGGUGGGGCGCGUCAUGAGCCUCAACUACUCGCAGUGCCGCACCACGGAGGACGGCGAGUACCUGCUGCCGGACGAGGUGGAGGUGGUGCCGCUCCGGGAGAGCCGGGUGCAGGUGCACGCCGAGCUGAUCGAGGACUGGCUCUCCUACACCGACGCCUUUGCCCGCUCCGUCAACGCCGAGGCCUCCUUCCUGGGCGUCCUCAACGGCAAGUUCUCUUGGGCAUGCCAGGAGACCAAGACCCACAACGUCUACGACCAGACGGUCACUACCCGGGUGCAAGUCCGGCACCACAUCUACUCGGUGAAGGCCCAGCCGGCCUUCACCCUCCACCCCAACUUCCGGCACCAGCUCCUGGCCAUCGGCAACCAGCUGGAGAACAACCAGAGCCGGGCAGCCAGGUUCCUGGCUGAGGUGCUGGUGCUGAACUAUGGCACCCACGUCCUGACCAGCCUGGAGGCCGGAGCCAGCCUGAUCCAGGAGGACCAGGUCAAACAGACCUUCCUGCUGGACAAGUUGGCUGAGAAGGCUGGCAUCACCGCCUCGGCCUCCGUCACCUUCUUCGGCAAGGUCAACGUGGGGAUUGGGGCUGCCACGCAGGUGCAGGACGAGCUGACCAAGAGCUAUCUGGAGAACACAGUGUCCUCGCGCAUCGAGAGCCGGGGCAGCGUGCCCUUCUACCCAGGCAUCACGCUCCAGAAGUGGCAGGAAGGGAUCCCCAACCACCACGUGGCCAUCGGCAAGGCCGGCCUGCCCCUGCCCUUCUUCAUCACCCCGGAGGCCCUGCCGGAGCUGCCGGCACCCCCACCCGUCCCCCUGCCCUGCGAGGAGCGCACGGCCAGCAAGCCCCGCGCCGAGUGCCACAACCAAUGCCACUCCUGCUGGCUCUUCUUCAGCUGCUGCCAUCAGGAGUGCGGCGUCCGCUACUACUCCACCACAGUGCACUUCACGGCCUACUGGUGCGCUGCCCCCGGCUCUGUGCCCCAGGGCUCCGGCUUCCUCUUCGGGGGGCUGUACAGCGCCGGGGAGGAGAACCCGCUCACCCAGGCCCACGCCUGCCCCUCCUACUUCUACCCGCUCUCGCUCUUUGACGGGCUGAAGGUGUGCGUGAGCGAUGACUACGAGAUGGGCGCCCGCUUCGGCCUCCCCUUCGGCGGCUUCUUCAGCCGGCCG